AUGGGUGCACACAGGAAGAAAUGCCCACUAGAGGAAGUGGCAUGCAACCUCGAAGGAUGUAAUGACGAUAACCAAGUCGUAACGUGCGGACGGAGAAUGCUGCGCAGCGAGCUGACCGGCCACGAGAAAAUCUGCCUCUUUCGCAUAUUCGAGUGCAAGUUCUGCAAGAAAGCCAGCACCUAUGUUUCCAUCACUGGCCAAGCACACACCGAUGUGAAACAGCCCAAGAAACCACCAGAGAGAGGUCACUACGCAGAGUGUCCAGACUAUCCUCUGUCCUGCAAGAAUAAGUGUCGGUCUGGAGAGAUCAGGAGAGCUGACAUGGAACAGCACCUCGGGGAGUGUCCUCUGGAAACGAUCCAAUGUGAGCAUUGGGAAGAAGGCUGCAACGAGAUGGUGCGACGAAAAGACAUGGGUGGACACCUGAAGGCCUUCAAGAAGCAGCACCAAGAAUACGUGAGGUUUGCAUACUUGCAUAAAAAGAAAGACAUGGAAGAUCUGAAAGUGGAGCUAAGGUCUACAAAAGAUGAACUUGUUGCUACUAAAUUUGAGUUGAAUGCUACAAAGAACGAUGUUGCCAUUUUGAAAACUGAGCUGACUACCAACACGGACGAACUGAACGCUACCAAAAACACUCUGGCUGCUAAGACUGAUGAGUUGAAUGCAGCCAAGAGUGAACUGGCUACUAAGAGAGCUGAGCUUACUGCAGUAAAAAGUGCACUGGCCACUAAGACAAGGGAGUUGAAUGCCACAAGAAGCGAAUCUACUCCCAACACAAGGGGAAUGAAUGAUACAACGUCUCAGGAAAAACGAAAGGCUUCAAAAAGUUGUCGCCCUAGCUAG